AGUGCACACACUGGUUCUUCGAAAGAAGCAAACACUAAUUAUACCCCGUAAUCGCGGUUACGUUAAUUUGGCCAUUUUUUAAUACAAUAAGAAAUUUCAAGUCGAAGUCCAAGUGGUUAUUUCAUUAAUUUUAUUUAAUGUUCGGUCGAUGUGCAGUUGAUGGUUGUUUUAACGAUGUAUUAAUUGGUGCGAGACAUUUGGCAUAGCUAAAUGCGUGGAUUUGUUUUUCUUUUACUGCUUUUGUGGACUGAUCGGUGUUUGCCGAUUAAGAUUGAUUUUUGUUGAACGAGUCGGCAAUUUAACAAGAUAAAUCUAACUUUAAGGAGUUUUCUUUGUACACAACUAAAUUAAAAUUUAGUUUACAAUGAACCGGUUCUGGAAUUGGUUUACUAUUCUACUAGUCGUUCAUUAUACGACAUCUAUUCAAUUUUACAAUGAAUAUCCAUGUGAGAUCGAUGCCAUCCAAUCCAAAACAGUGUACAAUUUAAAAUACAAUUGCAACCGAAAGCAACUGAGAAAGAUUUUUUCCCAUUUAUCAGCUGGUGCGUUCCCGCCGAAUGGCAAACUGGAAGGAACUAUUCUGAUGAAUGGCCUGCGGAAUCAGAGUAUGUGGAACGGUAAAAAGAUAAAAUAUGUUGGUGGUGUUGCGCCGCAUGAUCACGGUACAUUGGUCAAUGUGCUGUUCAAUAACCGAUACGAAAUGUUUAGAGCAAAUAUUCAUCGAACGAUUGCACCUAUCGAUGGAAAGGAAUCGUUCGUACUGAAUUACAAGCACACUCCAAUGGUGUUCUACAUCGUAGACUAUUUACGAGAGGUUCAGCAAAAUGUUUACUUAGGAAUUAUGACGAUUCGUCCGUUUAAGAAAAUUCCAGUUCUGUAUUUUCUGUUAGAAAAGGUGGAAGAGUAAAAGAAAU